AUGGUGAAAAAUGAUGGAACAAAAUACGAACGCGAAAUUUGCGAAAUUUUAAAUUCAUCACAUAAAACUGAUUCAUGGCCGACAAACUUUAGAAAUGUAAAGGGAGAUAAAGGAGUUGAUAUAAUUUCUUAUUACAAAGACAAACCAUUAAUAAUUCAAUGCAAAGAUCUAGCCAAGAAAGUAGGCAUUAAUCAUGUGAGAGAAUUGAAUGGAAUCAUGCCCUAUAAUUCCAAUUUGUUUAGGAUAAUGGUUUCGAAAAGGGGUUAUACAAAAUAUGCAUUGGAUUUCAAAAAAAUGAAUAAAAAUUUGAUUCUUACAGAUGGAAAGAAUAUAAUUCAAGAUAUUAAGAAACAUUACGAUAAUUAUAAAAAUAAAAUCGAGAAAAAAGAUGCGAGAGUGCAUAAAAAAAUCAAGAGGUUAACUGAAACUAAUAAAAAAUUACGACAAUUAAUUUCUCAAUUACAAAAUGAUCAAUAA